ACUAAGCGGUCGUGACUAUUGUGCUGAGUAUAAUGAAACAUUUUAAUUAAUUACGAAUUAAAAUAAUUGUGCGGAGUCGUAAUAUUGAAUAAAGUGUGUCGCGUUGUUUUAAGUGAGGCAUCAUUGUUUCUACAAGAUGAACUAAAACUAUUAGAACCGAGCUGAUUUCCCUGUGUUAGUAUGUCUAACCCGGGUUUAAGCCCUUUCGGGCGUAGCCAAUUGCUAAGACGUAGCCCACCCCCAACGCCAUUACCCUCAGAACAACAUCAACAAAGAGACCCAGAGCCACCGGCGCCCACAGACGUUGCAGUUGAAAUUAUCUCUACGCCAGAAAUACAUAAUUGGAUGGGUGCCAUUGAGUCAAUCCUAUCUGAAAUUUGCACUAUCGUGGCGGAUGGAAAAAUGAACACUGAACAGAAGUUGCGCGUCACUAACCUUUGCCGAAAAGUCUCGCAUGGGACAUCUCAUCUGGCGGUACAGUACCAGUCCCUUAAGCAAAAAACCCUCCAAGCACAAGUAACCAUUCAGCAUCUUCAAGGUCGGCAGGACAUUGCAGACUCGAUCAAAGAAAUAAAAAAGGCAGUAGAAAAGGAUCGGAAUAUUGGAAGUGUUUCUUAUGCCAAUGUGGUGAAAAAAGGGCAAGAUUUAAUACGCCCAGCCAAUUUCCAAUCUUUAGCCAUAUACCCUGCAGAUAGGACGCAGUCCAGUGACGACACAAAAACUCUUGUACAAAAAAUAAUCUCGCCUGAAGAAUUAAAACUGCGAGUCCGCGGCAUGAAAAAAAUUAGGAAUGGAGGCGUGAUAAUCAGUGCGGAUAGCAAAGGAGAUAUUGAGAAACUGAAAGCUUCUGAAAAACUCGUUUCUUCUGGCCUAAAAUGCGAAGAGCCUUCCAAACGUCGUCCCAGAAUAGCAGUCAUUGGUGUCCCGGUUGCUCUUACGGAAAAAGAAGUAUUGGACUGUAUAUUCGAACAAAACCUUUCCGAAAAGCUGACCAAUACCUCGCGUGAGUCCUUUUUAGAAAAUAUAAAACUCAGCCACAAAUCAGGGAAGAAAGAUCGGCCUACCUGUAAUUUUAUCCUCGAGGUACCUGCAAGCAUUAGAAAAAUGCUGAUAACUCAAGGCCGGAUUUUUAUAAAUUGGACGUCAUGCCCAGUGCGGGAUUUUACGAUUGUUACUAGAUGCUUCAACUGCCAGCAGUUUGGACAUGCAGCCAAGUUUUGCCGCGAAACCAGCCCCACAUGCAACCUCUGCGGGGAGACAGGUCAUGCUUUUAAAGAAUGUCCAAACAAAUCGCGUCCACCCAAUUGUGGUACCUGCAAACGCUUCAAGCGCAAGUGUGAUCAUCCCACAGGUGAUAUGAACUGCCCGGCACGCAAGUAUGCUGAAGACAAUUUCAUUAAUUCUAUUGAUUAUGAAGGCGCCUAAGAGCGCCACCUAUAUAUUUAUUAAGUAGCACAUAUAGGGUUUACACCUUUAUUUAUUUUUGUAAUUUCUAACUUUAUGACACAGCAAUUAAUCACCGACAUUGAUAGUUUUUCCGUAUCUGAAGUCAUAGUUUGUAAUAUUGAGGAGUGCAAGAAAUAUUGUACGGCUGAAAAUAAAACGAUUACUUUACUAACCCAAAAUAUUCGCAGUAUAAACCGUAACUUUACCGGUUUUCAAUUACUAUUGCAAAAUCUUGACUUAUGCUGUGAUAUUAUUGUGCUAACAGAAUGCUGGCUAUCAAAACAAGCAGACAAUCUGCCAUCGCUUGACGGUUAUACGCUAUAUAAAACUAACUUAAAUACUAACCAAAAUGAUGGCCUAAUUGCUUACAUUAAAACUACCUUAGAAGUAACAGUAGAAGAACCAUUGCUUCUAGGCUGUAAUUGCCUAUUAAUUAAAAUUAACCCCGAUAUUAUAGUGAUGGCUAUUUAUAGGCCUCCAUCCCAAAACAUGGACAUAUUUCUAGACUCGCUCAGUGCUACAUUAAGUAAAAUUUCCUGUCAUAAAAAUAUUAUACUUUUAGGUGACAUUAAUAUUAAUAUAGCUCCGGGGAAAACUGAAACCCAUGCACAUAACUACCUCAACAUCUGCACAUUUCAUGGUCUUUUGCCAGCACACAAUCAUCCCACUCACCAGAGUGGUUCAUGCUUAGAUCAUAUCAUCAUUAAGACAAAA